AUGCCAGUAAAAAAAAGAGCCUCUUUGGGAAGAAGUACAUCAGCUGCAAGAAGAAUGGCAGCAACAAGAGCAGCUGAAGAUUCUGAAGACGCACGCACUCGACUUGAUGGUCAACGUGCAAGACAAGCAGCUUCAAGAGCAGCUGAAUCUCCAGAACGGAGACAAAGUCGACGGGAAGAUGAUCGAGCCAGACAUGCAGCUUCACGAGCAGCUGAGAAUCCCAUACAGAGACGGACUCGAAGUGAAGAUCAGCGUAGACGACAAGCAGCCUCAAGGGCAGCGCAAUGGACAUUUAUGGAAGGGGAAGCGUUUCGGUAUGAUCCAGCCAAUAACUAUGACAGCCAUCCUCAACUUAAUAUUGGACAAAUGAGCGAUGUUUGUCCAUACUGUAAUGCCCUCAAGUGGCAUGCAGAAACACGAGGUAUGUGCUGUUCUGGUGGGAAAGGCAGUGAUCAGGCAGUGUUCGGUUUGGGAAAAGAUGGAGCACCAGUUGAUGAAAUUAGUAACUACCAGUUAGGUAGAUACAUCAGUAGCAAUGAAGCAGUCUGGCGAAUCUUGGAUUUUCCAAUUCACGAACGAUAUCCAACCGUUGUUCAUUUGGCUGUUCAUUUGGAAAAUGGUCAACGCAUUUAUUUCACCGAAGAUAAUGUUCAUGAGAAAGUUAAUGAACCACCAAGAACAACACUAACAGCAUUUUUCUUACUCUGCCAGAAAGACGACUUUGCCAAAACGCUGUUGUACUGUGAUAUUCCAAAAUACUACACAUGGAACGCGUCUGAAAAAAUGUUUAAGCGACGUGUUCAAGGAACUGCUGUGCUUGGCUAUCCAGACAUUAGAGAAGGAGAUGCAUUGGGUCGUGUUUACACUGUGCAUCCUAAUAAUUUCGAAUGCUUUUUCCUACGACUCUUACUUCAUGUGGUCAGAGGCCCUACUUCAUUUGAAGCUCUUCGAACUGUAAACGGUCAGAUCUGUGCAACAUUUCGUGAAGCGUGUCAAUUACAUGGAUUACUGGAAGAUGAUCAGCAAUGGGAUGCCACCAUGUCCGAAGCAGCUGCAGCUCAAUCGCCAGCAAGAUUAAGAAAUCUAUUUGCUCUUAUACUAGCUGUUUGUGGACCAUCCAAUCCAAAACAAUUAUGGGAGUCGUACAAAGAAAGCUUGACUGAAGACAUUCUGAGAAAUGCUCGCAGGCAAAAUCCUGGAAUGAAUUUGGAUUAUACACCAGAUAUGUUUAAUCAAGCACUGAUUAUUAUUGAAAAUAAAGUUUUAGAGAUGGGUGGCAAAGAACUUGAGAAAUUAGAGCUCCCAACUCCUCAACGAAAUUCGGGUGAUCGAUUAAACAGUGCAAUGCUCAGAGAAACAAGUUAUGAUGUGAAAGAGUUGGAUGCUUAUAUAACAGCAAAUGAGCCACUGUUGGUGCCCGAUCAGAGAGCUGCAUACAAUGCGAUUUUGAAUCAGAUCGAGAAGAAAGCUGGUGGAAUAAUCUUCCUUGAUGCACCUGGUGGAACAGGAAAGACAUUUGUCAUUAAUUUGUUAUUGGCUAAAAUCCGGCAUCAGUCAAAGAUUGCGAUUGCGGUCGCCUCUUCCGGUAUCGCUGCUACGCUGCUUCAAGGUGGCUGUACUGCGCACUCGACAUUAAAGUUACCUCUUAAGUUUUUGGAAAAUCAAACUCAUCUCUGUAGUAUUACCAAAGGAACUGGCGAAGCAAAGGUUCUGCAAGAAUGUGAACUUAUUGUAUGGGAUGAGUGCACAAUGGCUCAUAGGUAUGCAUUAGAAGCUUUGAACCAUACUUUACAAGAUCUUCGUAAUAAUGGGAAGAAUAUGGGUGGAGUAGUUGUACUUAUUGCUGGCGAUUUUAGGCAAACAUUACCAGUUAUUCCAAAGGGUAUCAUGGCUGAUGAGCUUAAAGCUUGUUUGAAAUCUGCGUAUCUUUGA